CCAGCUCCGUAGCCGAGGUGGCUCUCGGGCCCGACCGUCCGCACGGUACCGUAAAGGACUCGAUGGUGCUCAGUCGAUCUGGCGUUCGAAUGAAGCUCUGCCUUGUGACGCUGCUCGCUGGGUCCACCUCCAGCUUCGCAGAGCGAGUCAGCGCUGCCACAAGCCCCGUGGCCAGGGUGACUGCGAUUCUGCAGUCGCUUCAGCAGAAGUGCGAGGAGGAGCUGGAGGCGGAGAAGUCCGCGUUUCAGAAGUUCAAGUGCUGGGCCGAGACGAUCAUCAGCACCAAGACCGCGUCGAACGAGAAGGCACAGUCGAGGAAGGACUCCCUGGAGCAGUACGUGGCCGACAUCGCGGCCGGGAAGAUCGAGUUCACUACAGAGCGCGUAGACCUCGAGAAGGAGAUCGCGUCUUUCGCCGCCGACCUCGAGAGGGCCGAGGCCAUGCGCGAGCAGGAAAGCGAGGACUACCUCGCCGCGAAGGCGGAGACGGAGCAGGCGAUCACGGCCCUGGGGGACGCCGUGGCCGUCUUGGAGAGCGCCUCCGAGGAGGGCUCGUUCCUCACCCUUGGUGGGCGAGGCCGCACCGGGAGCCCCUCGAGCUACGUGGCCCUGGCCCACGCGGUCGCGAUCGGCAGGCGCUUCCUGUCGAAGGGGGACGCCCUCUUCCUCGACCGCGUCGUCAGCGGGGACGUCCCCGACUGGGACUGGAAGAAGCUGAACAGGAAGGCCACCUUCAAGAUGUCCUACAAGCAGCGCUCGGGGCAGAUACUGGAGACCCUCAAGAAGCUCAAGGUCACGUUCGAGACGAACCUCGACGAGAUGAAGGAGAAAGAGGGCGCCUCGGUGGAAACCUACAACACGCUCAUGGCGUCCAAGCAGAGCCAGAAGGAGAGCGCCGAGGAGGCCCUGAGCAAGAUGGAGCUGGAGGGGGCCGCCCGAGGGCAGACGAAGUCCGAGGCCGAGGCUGAGAUCGCAGACCUCGCCAAGCAGAUGGAGGCGGACGAGAAGUUCAUCGAGCAGGCGAGGUCCGACCUGCAGGUCAAGGACGGCGAGUGGACGGACAGGCAGAAGGUUCGCCAGGGCGAGAUCCAGGCGAUCUCAGAGGCCCUGGCCGUCCUCUCGAGCGACGAGGCCCGCGACACCUUCCGGGCGUCCCUGAAGUCCCAGGGCUACUCGCUGCUGCAGGUCGCCCGCGCGGGCGCCGGCGCCGGCGCUGCGCGCGCCGGGCGGCAGCUGGGCGCGCUGCAGGCGCUGCGGCGGGCGGCGGGCGCCAGCGGGGACGCGCGCCUGUCGAGGCUGGUGGCCGAGGUCGCCGAGGGCCCCGAGCACUUCAAGGAGGUGAUCGCGGCCAUCGACGGCAUCGUGACCCUCCUGGAGGAAGAGGAGGCGUCGGACCUGCGCACGAAGGAGGCCUGCGAGACGAGCCGCGCGGAGAGUACCAGGAACGCAGUCCUGAAGGCGCGCGAGGUCGACGACUCGUCGGACGCGCUCACGCGUCUGCAGUCGGAGAUCGCCGAGAUCGACACGCAGCUCGGCGAGAAGGUGGUUGAUUAAUAUCGACGGGCUGACGCUGAAUGGUCGGGACGUCAGGAGCGUAGCGGCGAGAAGGCGAGCCCCGGCGCGUUGCCCAAGGUGAGGAGCAACAAGGGCGCGCCAUGGGGGUGUACGCAAGAGGCAGACCAAACAACUAUCCAAGGGCGUGCCCAAGCCAUCUGCAAGAAGCGGCGACACCAACGGGGCAGGCCAGAUCGAGUUGUGCAUCAGAAGGUGGCAUCGGUUCCCUGUGGAAGUUGUGUGGGAAACCGUAGCGGUGCACACCCCAUUGGACCCACGUGAAGCAAUUUCAAC